CGAACCCAUUCUGAAGUUUGGUUAAUGUUUUCAUGGUUUUCAUUUUGGUUUGUGGCCGUGGAAGCACAACAACAAGCAUCUAACUCUAUUACAAGGAGGGUAAGGUGGACUUUGAGCAUUCAGACCACUCUCUGUGCCUCCCAGUCUUCUGACAGAGCCCAGCAUGGCUAUAAAACCCCUCAGCUGAAGCUGAGAAAUCAGUCUCGUCUGAGUACUCGCCAACCCCAAGGAAGAGAGCUUCAACGAACCCGUCAUGGGGGACUCAAAGCUCUGCCUUUUGCUGCUCCUCAGUACAUCUGCCUUGGCUUUUGCCAAAGAUGAAGAUCAACCAACCUGCCUGUUGGCCAAAAGGUACAAGACCCUACACAAGUAUGAAUACCAAUAUGAGGCUGAAUCUUUGAACGCCAUCAAUGGAGCCUCACCGCUCAAAAACGGACCCAAGGCUUCUUGCAAGGUUGAAAUUGAAGUGCCUCAGACUUGUAGUUUCAUCAUCCGCACCAGUGGCUGUAGCCUGAGUGAGGUGGUCGACAUGGAUGCAGAGGGCAACCCUGUGUUCGGUCCUGCACCCAGCUCUGACGCCUUUGCUGCUGAAAUGGAGAAAUAUCCUCUGAAGGUUGCAGUUGACGGUGUGUACGAUGUGAAACUGUAUCCUGAGGAUGGGGAGACAACUACCAUCCUGAACAUCAAGAGGGGCAUCAUCUCUGCACUGGCUGUACCGCUGGUGGAAGAAGACAAGAACAAGAACAUGCCCACUAUCCAUGGAAAGUGCAAGACCUAUUACAAGGUCAACACCAGAGAGGACAUUGCAACUGACAUCAGCCUGAACAGGGAUCUGUCCAGAUGUGACAAAUUUGUCCCAAUGAGAGAUCACACCAGCCCCCUGGCGCUUAUCUCUGGCAUGCACUACCCUCUCGCUCAGCUGGUCAGAAGCUCCCAGACCUGCAACUACAAGUUUGACAAUGAGAAGAAACACAUGACCUCUGGGUCCUGCACUGAGAACCACAUCCUCAUUCCCUUCUCACACAAGGGAAAAUAUGGAGUUACCAAUGUUGGAAAACAAGAACUGACACUGGUUCAGGUUUCUCCUCACAACAACAGAGUCUUUGACCACAGCAACAUUUUCAAGGGUCUUCACAUGGAGGCUGUUGAGGACAAGAGUGUUGUCCAGGAUAAAGAUGCAGGUCUGAACCUCCUGAGAGAACUGGCCAAUCUGCCCGAGACCGAGGGGGAGAGGAGGGCCCACCUCUUCCACAAGCUUGUCACCAUGGUCCGUGGAAUGAAGGCUGAGACCCUGAGUCCCGCCAUUCCUGAGGCUCUUGCCGUGUCCCGUGUCCUGACCUACCAGGUUCUGGCCCAGUGUGGAACCCCUGAGUGCAGCAGUGCCAUCAUGCAGAUCCUCAGGACCUUAGACAGCUCUUCACUCGAGGUUGACGCCGCUGUUUUUGCUUUGGGACUCAUGUCCAAUCCCUCUGCUCUCCUGAUCAAUGACCUGCUCGAGAUGGCCAAAUACAAAUCCAGCAAGCCUAUCAUGUAUUCCCUAAGCAAUGUUGUCAAGAGGUUUUACAAGGCUGAAGGAAAACUGAUCCCUGAGAUUCACUCUGUAGCUGAGUUCAUGGCUGCUCAGUUGGGCGACUGUUCUGGUGACAAGGACAACACUUUCAUGACACUGAGGGUUAUUGGAAACAUGGCUCCAGCUGUGGUACCUGCUAGUCCUGCACUAAGAGCCGCUGUGAUACAGUGUGUGAACCAACCUGCAGCUUCCCUGGCUGUGCAGCAGGCUGCCAUCCAAGUGUACAGGCUGGCUCCCGUCCCUGAGGAGGGCAGAGAGGUUCUCAUGCAGGUGCUUCUGGACAGCACCAGCUCCUUGCAAAAGCGUAUUGCUGCAUACCUGGUACUUAUGAAGGACCCCCAACCAAGUGAACUGACCCAGCUGGCUGAUGCCUUGCCCAGUGAGCAGGACAAACAACUCAAGAGCUUUGUCAUCUCCCAUAUUACCAACAUUUUGUCCUCAACUGAGCCCAAGACUAAGGACCUGAGACAGAAGAUUCGUGAUGCCCUGCAGGAUAAUGAGAUUGGGCCCCUUAUGGACCCCGCCAAGUUCUCUCGUAACUACAAGAUCGGAUCUGUGGAGGGCAACAUGAUCUUUGAGGGUACCAGCUAUUUGCCCAAGGAGGUCAUGCUUGAAAUGACUCUGAAGGCAUUUGGCUAUGAAAUUGACAUGAUGGAGAUUGGUAUGGAGGGCAAAGGAUUUGAGCCAACUGUUGAUGCCCUGUUUGGAGAGAAUGGAUUCUUCCCUGACACAGCCCUGAGGACAAUGUACUUUGUCUCUGACAACAUGCCAUUUAGAGUCAAUGAGAUCCUGCAGAACAUGCUGCCUGCUCUGAAGAGAGACAGGAUGAAGAGACAGGCCUCCCAGAACCUGAUGAGGGAGAUUGGACGUAACCUUAAUAAACUGGUGAGGGAACUGAAGACCGCACAGUCUCCUGAGGCAAUGGUUUAUCUGAGACUUCUGGGAAAUGAGCUGGGAUAUCUGAGGACCAAUGAAAUGGAGGAAAUGGCCUACUCUGCAGCCAUGAUGAUUGACAGCAUGUUCAAGAUGUUCCCCAGUGAUCUAAUGAAGGCUUUGAUGACUAAGGCUGACAACACAAUAUUUGCCCACUAUAUCUUCAUGGACAAUGAAUUCUUCCUGCCUACUGUAACUGGUGUGCCUCUGAGGAUUGCACUGUCUGGUACUUUCACCCCUGGUAUCAAGGGUGGACUUAAGAUUGCUCGUGACAUGAGCCAAGUUACGUUCAUGCCCUCCGCUGGCAUUGAGUUUGUAACUCAAGUUGGCUCCCACAUCCCUGAAUAUGUCAACUCUGGAUUAGAGAUGCACACCAACAUUUUCCACGAGAGUGGGCUCAGUGCUAAGAUCUCCAUGGGACGUGACAAAGUCAAGCUGACCAUUCCUGCUCCAAGGAGCCCUACUAAGCUCAUCAAAAUGACAAAUACACUGGUGGCACUGACUGGAUCAGAGGUGAAGACCCUCCCCCCUGUUGUGAUGGACAAGGUUGAUGUUAAUGAGUGCACUCCCGUCUUCGCUGGAAUGAAAUAUUGCACAGCUCUGCAAUACAUUGAUGCUUUCUCUCAAGAGACAGCCCCCUACUUUCCCUUCACUGGAGACAGCAAAUUUGCAGUGGAGCUCAACCCUACUGGUGAUGUCACUGAGUACACAGCCACUGUUGCCUACGAGCUCCUCAGAGAGGGAGAAGAGGGCCGGCAGAAAGUUGACUCUGUGAAGUUCAUUCUGAGGGCUGAAGGUGCAGAGCCCACUGAAGCCAGAGCAAUCAUGAAAUAUAACAGAAGGAAGAAUACCAUCACAGCUGACAUCCAGAUCCCUGACUACGAUGUGGAGGCUGGAUUCAGGCUGGGUGUUGUUGGUGGAAACACCAAAGGCAAAGGAACUCACUCAGUCUCUCUUGACUUUAUAAACAAAAACAUCCCUCAGCUCUCUCUGGUUGGCCGUGCCAAUCUGAAGGCCAUGAAGGAAGGUAUGCUCCAAGUCCAGCUUCUUGUCCCCUCAAUCAAUACUGAGGCCACUGUCACAGCUAACAUGAAGCGUGAUGAAGAAUUGGAAUUGGAGCUUAAGAGUGAAAUCAAGUUCAUGGACGCCACCUCUGAGCAGGAAAUUGCAAUGAAAUAUGAUCCCAGCAAGAUUGAGGUUGAGUUCAAGUCUGAUUUGAACACUGAGACCACCAUCUUGCCAAAUGCUGAUGUGUUUGAGAAGUAUUGCAACCAACUUCUUGACACGCAAGUGGGGCAGACCGACAUGAAAGUUCGUCACAUCUUGAAGAAGUUUAUGGUGGCAGCAAACAAAUACAUGGAAAAAUAUGGUGCUGAUAUCCCUUACAUUCAGAACUUCAGAGUACCUGAUAUACCUGAGAUUUCCCUGCCAGAGACACUGUUCCUGAAUACUAAGGCAAAAGCUGUUUACCACUUCAACAAUGAGCGCUUCACCAUUGUUAUCCCUCUCCCUCUUGGAGGAAAAUCAACGGAGGAGCUUAACUUCCCGCUAGCUUUGACCACACCUAGCGUGUCUCUACCACAGUUUGGAUUGGAAAUCGUCUCCAUGGAGAUUCCCAUCCCAGAGUUUGUUGUCCCUGAGAGCCUUACCCUGUCUAUUCCUCUAUUUGGCAAAGCUGAGGUAUCAACUCUGAUGAGAAACAACCUGUAUGACAUGGAGGCCUCAAUGGCUGCUGGCAAAGAUGUUGUGGAACCAUCAAGCUACUCAGCUAAGUUUGAUGUGAAAGGAACUUCUCCACUUGACAUCCUCUCAAUAAAAAUGGAAGGCUCAGGAAUGUUGGCCACCACUGACUCUAUUAGGGCCCGUUUGAAAAGCUCUUUGUCCCAUAAAUUCAUUGAAGCCAGUGUGAGUAUCAUCGAGGAUGCAACCAUUACCGACAAACUCAAUUUGAGAUCAAGCAGCAAGAUUGAAGCCACAAGUCCAUUUGGUCUCAAUUUUGCACUAGAGCACACAGGUAUGGCUGGAAUCAACACUGAAGAAAUAUCUGCUGAUAGCCACUUUGAGGGAAUGUUCAAGGUUGGACCCAUGUACAGUGGAACCAUUUCAACACAGUCAUUUACCAUCUUCCCAUUCAGGCCAGAAGCAAAGAUUGAUUCUAUGGUUCAGGUUGACUCCACAAUUGUUAAGGCACAGAACACAAUUGCAGCGUCCCUUGGUAAUGGGGAAUUCUCUGUUGUGUCUAACACCAAUGCCUUUGAAGACCUCUUGACCCAUGUUGUUGAGCUUUCCUUCAAAGACCACAAGCUGUCAAUGAAAUGUGAGGCAAAUGCACUUGCUCUUGGCAUGAAGAUCCGCAACCAGGCUGAAGCCUCUGCUGGUGCCGGUGAAGUUGUCAUGAGGAUGGAGACAAAUGCAGACCACUCUAAAAACCGUAUUUACUCUCUGCUGAUUGGGUCUCUUGAUGUCAAUGGUCUGGCUGUAAACAGCGAUGCCACUGUGAAGCUUCUUGAGAAUGAGGCUACUCACAAGGCUAUUCUGAGGAUGAACAAGGGCGGUGUGACCAUAAGUGGAACAACCACCCUGCUGAGCCCCCUGUCCCUAGAAAACUCCUUCAGUGCUGGGAUUGAUGCUUCAAGAGCUACUUUAGCCAUUACCAAUAAAGCCUCAAUGAGUGAUAUCAAAGUUGACAAUGCCAACACACUGAUCAUUACUCUUUCUAGCCUCAACUUCAACUCAAAGGCUGAAGCCGCAGCAAGUGAAUAUGCCUCUUACGCUCAUGAUAUCACCAUCGACCUGAAACCCUACACUGCUUCUGCAAAUGUUAAUAACAACCUGAAACUUCUGGCAGCCAACUUCAUUAACGAGGCUCAGCUGCAGGCAGAGCUUUACAAGAUGGACCUGACUGGAAGCCUGAAGGCCAUCUACGGUGACGAAGAGAUCAAACAUACCUAUCAGGCAAAUUAUGCUGAUAUGACUGCUAACGCAAAAUGCAGCACCACUGGAAAACUCUUUGGAACUCACAUGAACCAAAACACUGAGAUUGAAGUUGUUGGUCUUGCUGCCAAGAUAACCAACGAUGCCCGUUUCAACUCACAGCCAAUGCGCUUUGAUCACACCAUCCGCUGCAGCAUUGUUCCUUUUGAUUUCAACCUUGAUGCCAUCUUCAAUGCUGAUGGAGACAUCAUCAUGUAUGGAAAGCACAGUGCCCAGCUCUAUGGCAAAUUCCUCCUUAAAGCACAACCCCUGGCUUUUGGUAGCUCACAUGAAUGCAGAGCAUCAGUAACCCAGCAGCUAGAUAACGGUUUUUCUCUUGAGACCAUAUUUGACAACAAGAUGGACACUGUAAUGUCACUCCAAGAGCAGAGGACCAGUUUUAGACUGAAGUCUAAAAUGAAUGAGCAUAUCUUCAAUCAGGACAUGAGUGUUUACAAUACUCCUGAGAAAACUGGAAUUGAGGUUUCUGGCACCAUCCUCACAAACAUCUUCAAAACAGACUCCACAAACAACCAGGAAUUCACAAUCUCGGGCUUCCUCAAGUAUGACAAGAACACAGACAGUCAUAUAAUUCAGAUCCCUCUAAUUGAAAAUCUGCCUGCCUUCUUGGAAAGUAUCAAGGGCUUUGUUGUGCGUUUUGCAGAGGCACUGCAAGACUACAUCAACAAUGAGGAAAUAAGGGCUACUCUUGAGGCUCUUCCCCAGCAUUUAAAUUACUUUGUUUCUCAACUGAAUAUAGAAGGCAAGGUAAAUCGACUGAAGCAGUAUUUCAGUGAUUUUACCCAAGAAUAUGCCAUCUCAAUGGAAGAUGUGGAUGCCUCUUUGAGAAACCUGAAGGUUACUGUUGAAAAACUGCUGUCUGAUCUCACUGUUUACAUCCAACACUUUUCUUAUAUGAUGAAGGAGAUUAUUGUAAGUGGCACCCUCCCUGAAACACUCAUUCGGAAUAUCCAGAAACAGCUGAACGCCUUUAAUGAGGAGUAUGACAUCAAGGCUAUGGUUGUGUAUGUGAUUGAUACCAUAAGAGAGAUGGUCCAGCAGAUUGAUUUGGAAAAACUGAAAGGAAGCAGCAUUGCAUUCCUGCAUGAUAUAGAUGCCAAGUAUGAAAUCAAGGCUAAACUACAAACAAUCAUGAGAGAUAUGAAACAAAUAAUUGAGACCUUUGACAUGCAGAAAUGUGCUGCUGAGCUGAAGAGGUACAUUUCAUCUAUUAACUUCAAAGCUCACAUUGAGGAACUAGUUAGUCAGAUUCCCACAGAGAUUCUCAGUGAAAUAACAGAUUAUAUUAGGGAAAUGAUUCAGGACCUUGACAUCCUAGGUAAAAUCAACGCAUUCUAUGCCAAGAUGAGAGAAUUUAUUGUUACAUUUGAGGCUGACAAAAAGGUUCAGGCUGUCUUGGAAAAGGCUUUGGAGCUCAUCAAGCAGUUCAGAAUUGAGGAAACCAUCAGGGCUAUGGUCAAGAUGGUGAAGGAUGCAGAAAUACCCACCAAAUCCAUGCAAGUCUUCCAGGGUGUUAUCAACUACUUGAAAGUAACUGGGGUUAAGGAUGUGAUUCCACAAUUGAAUGCGUAUCUAGGUUUUAUAGAGCAGAAACUGAAGUCAUUUGAUUAUAAUGACUUUGUGAUUUAUGCCAAUCAAAUUAUUGCUGAGUACACAGUUUACCUGAAUGAUCUGAUCAGGACUCUUGAAAUCCCCCAGAAACUUGAGGCAACAAGAGAUUUUGCAAAUUUUGUCAUAUCCUCUGUUAGAGGUCAUUUGGAGCAACUGAGAGAAAUUCAAAUUUCUGAAUUUAUGAAAACUGUUAAGGAUGUCAUGGACCAGGUUGUGCAUAAUAAUCUGAAGAGAUUUUCUGAUUUUAUAAAGCAGGAAAUUUCAAACCUGGAUGUCAGGGCUGAAAUAAGCACUUAUCUGCAGUUGGCAAGUAAGUGUUAUAUUGACUUCCUUACCUUUGCCAAUGAUAUGUUAAUCAAUAUGGUUGAGAUCAUGAAGAAGGUGGCACCUGAACAAAAGAUUGUCAGUGAGCUAUUGCAGAUCAUCAACGGGCUCAUUACAGAAAUGAAGAAAGCCAAGUUGAAAAUACCAUCCUUCACCAUUCCUCUCACUGAUCUUGUUUUGCCUUCUAUGACAUUGAGCAUGGACAAUCUUCACCAGUUUGAAAUCCCAACACAACUAGACAUCCCAGAGUUCACUGUUUUUGGGUUCCAUACUGUGCAAGCAACUACCAUCUCAACUAAUGACAUGAAACAGAAAAUCAUUGAAUUGAUUGAUUUCAUUCUCAACUUUGAGAUGAAGAUGUUUGAUAUGGGUUCUUUGAUUGGAGACCUGAGUAUGAACUACCUUCCUGUCCUGCCUGAGUUUUCACUUCCUGUGAUUAGUGUACCUGAGUUCUCCUUUCCCACUCUGCCUCAUGUUCCAGCAGAGAAACUUGUUAAGACUCUUCAACUCCCAGCAUUUAACCUGCCAGUCAUUCCUAGUGAGAUCACAAUUCCAGGCUUCGGUAAACUGAGUUAUGAGAUAAAAGUCAACACCCCCAUCUACUCUAUUAGGAAUGCUGCUGAAGUCCAAUCCUCUCUUGACAUAGAUGAUUCUCCUCAGCUGACAGCUUUUUUGACUUCCCAAGGGGCAUCACUCAGCUUUGAAAUCCUUAACUUCAACCUGGAUUCCACUACUCGGAUUGCUGUUCCCAAGGGCCAUCAUCUGAUUGCAGCUGAGACCCUUAAGUUCACUCAUGAUUUUCUCAAAGUGGACCACCAUGCAUCUGUGACAUUUUCGGACUUCUCAGCCCAGGCCUCAGCCAAGACCACAAUAAAAGCCACCACAGCACCUUACAAUGCUGAGCUCAUAAAUGAAGCUUUCUUAGCCACCAUGGGUGGUUUAUCUGCCACUACUGACACUUCCUAUAAACAUGUGCUCAGCCUCCCUAUCAUGGACCUCACUGGGGAGACAUCCGUGACACAAAAAUGUGUGGUCCGUCAGGAAGGCACAUCUAUUACAAUAACUGUUGGAAACCAGGGUACUACCACCUUCAACUCUCAUGACAGUACCCACAAGAGUGACCUGCAAGUCACAGUCAAUCCAAGUACAUUCAAGUUGACAUGCAUUAGUGACACAGAUACAUUCCUUUUGAAGAUGAGACAGACCCUGAGUGCUGACUUUGUCAUCUUCAGCUAUUUCAAGUUUGAUGUUCGUUCUGAAGCAGAAGGCCCCACAAUCAAAAACAGCCUUUUAGUGGGAUCAGUAAAUGCUAAUCUGCAUGACAGGAAGCUUGAACUGAAGGCCACCCAGAGCACAGAUCUAACUGGUAUUGUCAAUGGAGCCUUAUACAAUGUGAUCGAUGUUGUUGUCCGUCCAAGUGAGAUUUUGUUAAACUUUCAGAAUAAAGGAAACACUAAGGUCAAUUUCAAGGAUGCUCUUACUGCCAAAAUUGAUCUACAGAAUGAUUACUCUGCAACCUUCAGGCCUGACAAACAACAUAUGAACACUGUGGCUCUGGCCCGUCUUAAUCAGUACAAACUGUUCAUGAACUUCACUGUAGAGAACAACGAAAAGGAGGCUGCCAUACUUACUGCUGUAAAAGGGGAAGCAGACCUUGAUUUCCUGACUAGGCCCAUCAGCAUUCCUGAGCUCGAUCUGCCUUUUGUUGACUUCCAUACUCCAGCCAUCAGUGAUCUGAACUUGUAUGAGCAGACUGGAUUGAAGAACAUUUUGACUACCACUGAGCAGACUGUUGACGUAGAUGCUAAGAUUGUUUACCAGAAAAGCCAGACUGCCUCGCUUAUCGAUAUGAUGGGUCCGAUCCAGAUUCCCUCUGUGGGUAACCUGAUCACAGAACUAACCUUCAAGUCUGCCAUUAUCAAUCUGAAUGUCAAUGCUGGACUGUAUACCGAGGAUGAUCUUGUGUUCCGUCUGGGAGCUACCACAGCCUCUGUGUUUGAGAGUCUAAAAGCUAAACUCGAUGGUACCACUAGUCUGACCACCAAGAGAGGAAUCAAGUUGGCCAGUUCCCUCUCCCUUGAAAACCGUCACAUUGAAGGCACUCAUGAUAGCACCAUCAGUAUGAGUACUGAAACUUUUGAGCCUGUAGUCUCUGUGGCUACUAUUGCAAAGAUUGCCCUGCCAAUACUCAGUCUGGAAGCAAACCAAAAUCUGGGUGCAGACAUCAAAACCAAAGCAAAUGCUGUCUCCACCUUGAGAAUGAAGGCUGAUUUCAACAUCCCUGUGAUCAAUUGUGUUGGAAAAGUCCAGGCUGACCACAGUCUGAAGCUGGAGGGAACCUUUGAGUAUAUUUCCAUGGAGUCAUCCACCAGAGCAAACAUGGAUGGCACAGUGCUUGAGGACUAUCUAGUUUUGGGAGUCCUUGAUAAUGAAGUUAAUAUGUACCUGAAUAAUGAUGGCCUACGCUCCACCUCCAAGAUUAUUGCUGAUGCCAAGCUUAACCAUGGUACCAACAAAAUCAUUGGCAUGGAUGUAAAUGAGAAUCUUGCUGUUGGUGCCUCCCUGAGCCGUGUGUAUGCAGUACUGAAGUAUACCGGCAACAAUGAGGCAAACCUGUUCAAUUUCAACACCAAUGGGGCGCAUAUUGCUCAGGCAACCAUUGACUUUGCACCAAUGUCUUCUUUGACUGCUGAUAUUGAGAUUGAUAUCUCUCAGCCAAGCAGCCUGGGUGAAUUUACCAUCUUCGAAAAAACUGUUGCUGAAGUGACAGCGGCGAAGCAGAAGAUCUCUACCAAUGCCAAGUUUGUGAGCCCAUUAUACACCACAAACCUUGCAAGUGAAGCUGAGGGCAACGCUCCCGUCUUCAAAGUCAACUCUAAGUCCUCUGCCACUUCUGUGAUUGUCUUCUUGGAAUAUGACAUGGACUCUUCCAUUACCAUAGUCUUUGAACAUGCUGGCCUAAGCCUGACUGGGAAGGGUGUUUUCUCCCAUACCGAUCUGACCAUGGACAUUCAACACGUCCUUUCCCAUACAGUGAGUGACUCCCGUCUCACACUGAAUGUGGACAUAACCAGCCCUGCCUUCACCGAUGUGAACUUGCGUUAUGCUGUCCGCAAAGAUGGAAUUAGUGCUACAAUUUCUAUUCCCUCUACUGGCUUCCUGGGUCUUCAGCUCCAUUGCAGGGUCCCAUUGCAGAUGAAUGCCAGGCUUUAUGGUCGCUAUGCUUCUGAUCCUGGGAAGGAUAUUGAUAUUUUCACCAUCAGAGCUUCUGCCAAGGAUGCUGAUAAAAUGAAUCUUAAGAUGUUCAUCAACAUGGAUGCCCCAGACAUUGGGCUCAGCAGACUGCAGGAAAAAGUUCCUGCCAUCACCUCUUGUUUGUCUAGCUUUGCUGAGAAAUACCAGCUGUUCAGACAUGCUGCUCAGUUGGAGAAUAUUAUUAUUUACUAUACUGAGGAGGCCCACAACAUUGCAAACAACCAUGCCCCACAUAUGAACCAAGUGUCUAUCCUCUUUAGAAACACUGUUGUUCAGUACCAGAAAACUGUACAGGUUUUCUUGGAUGAAGCCAUUAAAGUCCUGAGAGAGACCCAGGUCAAAUUGCCUGGCUCUGACAAGAUGACCACUCUCAUUGAGGUGCUCAAUAGGCUGACCACCAGCAUUAAUACUAUGCUACAGAAGGCAAUGCACCUGGUGACUCUUAAUGUAAAAUAUGCUUUCAAUGUAAUGCUUGGCAUGGCCAGUAAAAUUCAGGUUACAAUGCCCACUGGGGAUGUCAUGGAUGGAGCCAAAAUCAUUGAACAGAUAAGGGACAGAAUGAAGACUAUGUCUAAUCCUGUUGUGGAUCUUUUGAAGGACCUAGAGAGUCUAGAUAUGUUCCUGGAGAAACUGGGUGACACCCUAAAAUUCAUUGUUGACAAAGCUCAGGACUUUGUUGACAACACCCUAAAGUCUGAUGUCCUAGAUGCCAUUGCUGUCUACAUUAAUGCUUUAUAUGAUAAACACGUAAGCUUGAUGAAAACAAUCACCAAGUACGCAAACACAACCGAGUCUAUAAAUAGCAUGAUUAAUGACAUUCUGGAUAUUUUCAGAUCCAUAGCGAAUCAGUUUAAAUACAGCGUUACUGACUAUCUGCACCAGGCUCCUGCUCAGUACAGGUCUUAUGUAAAAGUUAAGGGUGCAAAGCUUGAGAUUAAUCUGUGA